AUGAUCCCCUCGAAAGUCUAUCCUAUACGCAAGCCUCAACGCAACAUGGCAACCAUAGCACGAGCAUCGACAUCUCGAUUGGUAAAUGAGUAUGUAUGCAGAAGCUGCAAUCGUCAAUUGAGCCGGCAACGGAGAAAAUACGGAACCACCUCAUCAUCGACUCCGGAUAUAUAUGACGUUGUCUGCGUAGGAGGAGGGCCAGCCGGCCUCAGCCUCCUAGCUGCUCUCCGUUCAUCCCCCGCCACCGCAAACCUCAAAGUCGCCCUGGUAGAAAGCCAAGAUCUGAGCAGGACCCGCACCUUCUCUCUCCCCGCCACGAAGUUCUCGAAUCGCUGCAGCUCACUCACGCCCUCGUCGGUACGCUUCCUGGAAAAGAUCGGGGCAUGGCGCCACGUACAGAGGGAGCGCGUACAGGCCUACCAGGAGAUGCAGGUCUGGGACGGGAUUACGGAUGCGAGGAUCGAGUUCGACUGGCCGGGCGAAAAGCAGGGGAGCACGAUUGCGUACAUGAACGAGAACCUCAACCUGACGUCUGCGCUGCUGAAGCGGAUUGAGGAGCUGGGAGGCGUGGAGGUGCUGGAUGGGCAGAAGCUGGAGGUGAUUGCGCUGGGAGAGGAGACCGAGGAGGCGGAUCUGAGCAGCUGGCCUGUUGUCCAGUUGAGCGGAGGAAGGAAAGUCGCUGCGAGGCUACUGGUGGGCGCUGAUGGGCAGAAUAGCCCCGUGAGGGCAUUCGCGGGUAUUGGGAGUCAGGGCUGGGAUUAUGAGAGGCAUGGAGUGGUAGCUACCAUCGAAUUGGAGGGUAGUGGAUGGGGAGGAGAGGAUGUCAAGACGGCGUAUCAGAGGUUCUUGCCUACGGGACCCGUGGCCAUGCUUCCUUUGCCGGGCAACUUCUCGACCUUGGUUUGGUCAACUACUCCGGCGUUGGCAGCACAUCUAAAGACCCUGAGUGCGAAGGACUUUAUUGCUAUGGUUAAUGCGGCGUUCAGGCUGUCACCAGUGGACCUCGCUUAUAUGCACACUCAAGCGGAAGGACAGGCAGAAGAAUUUGCGUGGCGCUCACAGCACACGAAGUUCGAUCCGUCCAGGAUUCCGCAGAUAGCCACGGGUGUCCAAGAGGGAAGUGUGGCAUCAUUCCCGCUCAAGCUACGCCACGCCGACACGUACAUUGGAGAGCGAGUUGCUCUCGUCGGGGACGCAGCGCAUACCAUCCAUCCUCUAGCCGGGCAGGGUCUCAACCAAGGCCAAGGCGACGUCGAAAGCUUAGCCAAGACGAUCGAAUAUGCCGUCACUCACGGGCAGGACAUUGGCGUCCAGAUGUCUCUAGAGGCCUACAACUCGGAAAGAUACGCGUCGAACCAUAUCCUGCUAGGCGUGUGUGAUAAGUUGCACAAGCUGUAUGCUGUGGAGAGCGGUCCCUUGGUCCCCCUGCGGAGCCUUGGGCUGAGGGCUGUGAAUGCCCUGGGCCCGUUGAAGGGCUUCUUCAUGAGCCAAGCUGCAGGCACUGGGACGAAGAUAGUCUAA